CUCGCCGAGGCCCUGAGCUGCGAGCGCUUCUGCCCCCGGCUAGUAGGCUGCAGGCCGCACCCAGGCUGAGCGGCCCCCGCUUGUCUCCUGCGCCCCUGCGGCUCCCGCGGCUCCCUCUCCUUUCCAGCAUGCUGCGGCGGGGUGGCCAGGCACUCCGGCGCUUCUCCACCGGCCGGGUAUAUUUCAAAAACAAGCUGAAGUUGGCACUUAUUGGUCAGAGUCUGUUUGGACAGGAGGUCUACAGCCAGCUCUGCAAAGAGGGCCACCGAGUCGUGGGAGUAUUCACAGUUCCAGAUAAGGAUGGAAAAGCUGACCCACUGGCUUUGGCUGCAGAGAAAAAUGGGACCCCUGUGUUCAAGUUCCCAAGAUGGAGAGUCAAGGGCAAGACCAUAAAGGAGGUGGCAGAGGCCUACAGAUCUGUGGGUGCAGAGCUAAACGUGCUUCCCUUCUGCACACAGUUCAUCCCCAUGGAUGUAAUUGACAGCCCAAAGCAUGGUUCCAUCAUUUAUCACCCGUCUAUCCUUCCGAGGCACAGAGGAGCCUCUGCUAUCAACUGGACCCUAAUCAUGGGAGAUAAGAAAGCUGGGUUUUCUGUUUUCUGGGCUGAUGAUGGUUUAGACACAGGACCUAUUCUUCUUCAGAAGUCAUGUGAUGUUGAACCCAAUGAUACAGUGGAUGCACUUUAUAACCGAUUUCUUUUUCCUGAAGGAAUCAAGGCCAUGGUAGAAGCUGUACAACUCAUAGCCGAUGGAAAAGCUCCUCGUAUUCCCCAGCCAGAAGAAGGGGCAACGUAUGAAGGUAUCCGGAGAAAGGAAGAUGCUGAGAUUUCUUGGGAUCAGCCUGCUGAAGUUUUGCAUAACUGGAUUCGAGGUCAUGAUAAAGUCCCUGGAGCUUGGACGGAGAUCAAUGGACAGAUGGUAACUUUCUAUGGCUCAUCACUACUGAAUAGCUCCGUGCCCCCUGGAGAACCACUGGAAAUUAAAGGUGCCAAGAAGCCUGGUCUUGUUACCAAAAAAGGACUUGUUCUUUUUGGUAACGAUGGAAAAGCACUGAUAGUGAGAAAUCUGCAGUUUGAAGAUGGAAAAAUGAUUCCUGCAUCUCAGUACUUUUCAGCCGGUGAGACAUCAGUGGUAGAACUAACAGCUGAAGAGCUGAAGGUGGCGGAGAUCAUCAAGGUCAUCUGGGCUGGAAUUUUAAGCAAUGUUCCUGUUAUUGAAGACUCAACAGACUUCUUUAAAUCUGGAGCACGCUCAAUGGAUGUUGUCAGGCUAGUUGAAGAGAUCAGGCAGAAAUGUGGAGGGCUUCAGUUACAGAAUGAAGAUGUUUAUAUGGCCACCAAGUUUGAAGACUUCAUCCAAAAAGUCGUGAGGAAACUGAGAGGAGAAGAUCAAGAAGCGGAGCUAGUAGUGGAUUAUAUUUCAAAGGAGGUAAAUGAAAUGACAGUAAAAAUGCCAUAUCAGUGUUUCAUAAAUGGACAGUUCACAGAUGCUGAUGAUGGGAAGACUUACGACACUAUCAACCCAACAGAUGGAUCUACAAUAUGCAAAGUAUCCUAUGCUUCUUUGGUGGAUGUUGAUAAAGCAGUAGCAGCAGCAAAAGAUGCUUUUGAAAAUGGUGAAUGGGGAAGAAUGAAUGCAAGAGAAAGAGGAAGAUUGAUGUACAGACUUGCAGACCUGUUGGAAGAGAACCAAGAAGAGCUGGCAACCAUUGAAGCCCUCGAUUCAGGAGCUGUCUAUACCUUGGCUCUGAAGACUCACAUUGGAAUGUCUGUACAGACAUUCAGAUAUUUUGCUGGGUGGUGUGACAAAAUUCAGGGUUCUACAAUUCCCAUCAACCAGGCCCGUCCAAAUCGCAAUCUCACCUUCACCAAGAAGGAGCCACUUGGUGUCUGUGCCAUUAUCAUCCCCUGGAACUACCCGCUGAUGAUGCUGGCGUGGAAGAGUGCUGCGUGUUUGGCAGCAGGCAAUACCUUAGUGCUCAAGCCAGCGCAGGUCACGCCCUUGACUGCUUUGAAGUUUGCAGAGCUCUCAGCUAAAGCAGGCUUUCCAAAGGGGGUAAUCAACAUCAUUCCAGGUUCAGGUGGCAUAGCAGGACAGCGCCUAUCUGAACAUCCUGAUAUCCGCAAACUUGGUUUCACUGGUUCCACUCUGAUUGGCAAACAGAUCAUGAAGAGCUGUGCUGUAAGCAACUUGAAGAAAGUUUCGCUUGAACUUGGUGGCAAAUCCCCACUUAUAAUAUUCAAUGACUGUGAACUUGACAAGGCUGUGCGAAUGGGCAUGGGAGCAGUAUUUUUCAACAAAGGAGAGAACUGUAUUGCAGCUGGACGGUUGUUCGUGGAGGAAUCCAUCCACGAUGAAUUUGUGACAAAAGUGGUAGAAGAAAUUAAAAAGAUGAAAAUUGGUGAUCCACUUGACAGAUCUACUGAUCACGGGCCCCAAAAUCAUAAGGCCCAUCUGGAAAAGCUUCUGCAGUACUGUGAAGCUGGAGUGAGAGAGGGGGCCACCUUAGUGUAUGGAGGAAGACAAGUUCAAAGGCCAGGCUUUUUUAUGGAACCUACUGUGUUCACAGAUGUGGAAGACCACAUGUAUCUUGCCAAAGAGGAAUCCUUUGGGCCCAUUAUGGUCAUUUCUAAAUUUCAAAAUGGGGACAUCGAUGGAGUGUUGCAGCGAGCCAAUAACACAGAGUACGGUUUGGCCUCGGGGGUUUUUACAGGAGACAUAAAUAAAGCUAUGUAUGUGAGUGAAAAACUAGAGGCAGGAACUGUUUUUAUUAACACCUACAACAAGACGGAUGUGGCAGCCCCUUUUGGUGGAUUUAAACAGUCUGGCUUUGGAAAAGACUUAGGUGAGGAAGCUCUAAACGAAUACCUCAAAACCAAGACUGUGACGCUGGAGUAUUAGAGCAAUGCCGUCGUCAGGAAGCUCUCAGCAGACAACCCAGCUCCUCAACUCUCGACAUGAAGCCGGGGUGUGCUGAGGUCUGCGGUAACAGCCAUCAGCCAGAAAAUACGCACAUGGACCAUGAAGAAGGUCAGGCCACAUAUCUAAGCAUUUACACGUGUGCCUGGGUAUUUUCUAAUAUCCUUUUAUAUCUUAAAAUGAUUUGCAGUUGGGUUUUAACUAUGUUUAUACCACACAUAUUUCUGUAAAAUACCAAACUGCUUUUUCCCCCUACCAAGACUAACCACUCAUGAAAAUGUCAAUAUCAUGCAGUUAUAAUACAGAAGGUGCAUUUUUUGAACCCCUGUAUCAUAUUUAUAGGUUUUAACCUCUGAACCAGGCAUAUGGGGUUAUUAAAAAGGUUUUCUAUAGCUUUGCUCUGAAGGAACAGUAUAUCCUGUAAGGAAUGUGAAGGAAGGUUUUUGUUUUGUUGGAUUUUUUGGAAAUAAGAUACAUCUUUGUGCCUUUGAUGUUCUAUUUUCAACCCACUGUGAUGAGUGACCAAUCCAGAAACAGUUCUUGUGUACCUACUAUGUCCUGAGGAGUAUACAGAAUUUAAUGACAUGAUCUUUGGUCCCAAAUAGUUUAAUUCUAGUCAAUAGCUUUUAAAGUGAAUUUUAUAGUAUAAUAUAUUAUAAAGUAAAUAGCUUUUGGGGGCUGAUCUUUGUUCAUAUCAUACCAUCUUACUAUCUAUAUGACUUUGGGAAACUUAUGCAACUUCUCUGAGCCUCAGUUUCCUUAUAUGUACAAUGGGGACAGAAAUGUCUCCCUGAGGAGCCUUAUUAUGAGAAUUCAAUGCAAUAAUCUAAGUAAAGCACCUUGCACUGUGCUUUUUUAUGGUAAAUAUUCAAUAAAAGUUAACUGCUCCCCUAUCCCCAUUUUUAAAAUAGAGUGAGGUAUAUUAAUUCAGUGAAUUAAUUCCCAUACAACCCUUUUCAGUAGUCAUCGAUUCCUGUGCUCCUUUCUCAUCCCUUGUCUGAGCCAGUGCCCAAUACGGCAGCACUGGAAAAUGCCACGGAAUGAAAAAUGACAAUGGUCCAAGGAAAAGGGUGCUUUUCUUUCUGCAGCUCAUUCGUCCUUCUAGGACAUUUGGUUUUCCAUUUUUCUACCUAUUGGUUCUGCCUCUCACUGGCUGUGUGAUCUUUGGCAGAUUAUUUACCGAGUAUCUCAAAGCCCAGCCUUGGAAUCUAUAAAUAGGGAUAAAGUCCCUAUCUCAUUAGUUAUUGUAAUGACCCAGUGGGAUAAUAUACAUAAAAUAAUGCACUUAACAAGGUAUUUGGACCAUAGUGCACACUCAAGAAAUAGGAAUUAUUAAAAUCCAUGCAGUAAUCACAUAAUUAAUUGCCCACUGUCAGACAAAAAUAGUGAGGUGGGUAAAUUCUAACCAUCUGUGUAUGACUAGAAAAAAGUGAGCUCCUGAAUUGAAAAGCCUCCAGAAGCUGGUCGGAGCAAUUAACUUCCAUUAGUCCUCCUUGUAAAGUAAAAUGUCAGUAAACAUUUCUAUCUCUUUGGCUUUGAAGAAGCCCUUAGGGACUACUUGUUACUUUGGAAACUCAGCAGCUUAACAUAAGAGGAGUAUAGGGGAUCAGUCAUCAAUAAACAAUAACCAAAUCAAGCGCAGAAAACAUUCAGAAGGAAUACCCAUUAUGAUCCCGACAUGAUCAGUAGAGCACGUUUUGCCUGUCAGUGUGUUUUUUAUUAUGCGACCACUCAUUCGCCAUCAGAGCUUGGCACAGGUGAAAUUCUAAAUUUGGACCCCGUUGGGUCCAAACUGACAGUUCAUAUUUGCAUAAAAUGACAAAGUUCUUAUUAUAAAGGAACCACUUUUUUAAAUGUAGUGUUUUAACUGAUUGCAUGUGAUUCAUCACUUUACCAAAUAUUGUAAGGACAGAUAAAAUGGCGAAUGAAUGCCCGUUUAUAAUAAUAAAUAAAUAAAAUGCCCGUUUCUUCUAGACUGAAUUUUACCGCAGCAGCAGUGCUUUUAAUCUUUGGGACAGAAACCUCUUUGAGAAUCCAAUAAAAGCUGUGGCUCCCUUCUGUUCCAAAUAUACACGUACAUACCUGAUUCUAGUCACAGACCUCCUGAGACCCAUGCUUGAGCUCCAGAUUAAGAACUCCUUUUUCCAUAGUGAGUUCUAAAGUUCUUAGGGGCUUUUUUUCUAUCUGACUGCUGACCAGAAUCAAAGGCUCCAUGGAAUUUAUAAAAUUACCACUGAAUUUGAAUUGGAACAUAAUGAUCCACAGCCCACUAGAUGAUUUAAUUAACACACUGACUAAAUUAUCACCGUUUCUUCGUGAACGUUAGCUUCAUGAACAGGUGCUUGUUUUGUUCAAUGCUGUAUCUCCAGUGUCUAAUACAUAGGAAGAGCUCAAUAAAUAUUUGCUUUCAAAUGAAAGAGGUUAAGUAACCUGCCCAAAUCACACAGCUGUUAAGUGGCAGAACAGGCACUCAAGCAAGGAAGCUAUAGUCUUAACCAAGCUAAGAUGCUGUUAUCAAAUGCCUAAAUCAGGUCCUGAGUAGUGAAUAGGACCACAUGUCAAAUAUCCAUCAAACUAAAAAGCUAGCAGAGUGGAUACUAACUGCAAGAGCUUUUGUGGAAAUGACUAGAGACAGGAUGAAGCAGCAAACAAGUUCCCCCGUACCUACCUGCUAAGAAAAUAAAAGCUAUCAAGGGAAACCUGGGCUACAAGUAGGUUAUCAGCCAUGAGACAUGCUGGAUAGGGUGGGUUAUUAUUAUUAUUACUAUAUGCAAAUAAUACCCAAGGGGAUUUUUUAAAAUGAUUCAGUAACACCUAAUUUUGUAAGAAUAAUAAAAUGGGAAAGUAAGAUUAAACCAUAAACUUUCCAUAAAUAACCAGAUGAUAUUUGAGAUUGUUCAAGAUAUUUUCAAUGAAUGUAUAUACUUUUUUAUAGAACUAGUAUAAUACUAUACAUAACUUUACCUGCUUUUUUCCGUUAACAAUAUGUAAGCAUCUUUCUAUGUCAGUAAACACACCUCUGCAUAUGGCUUUAAUUCAACUUGUUCUCUAUUGUUGGACAUUUAUAUUUUUAUCUUUUUUUGCUAUUUUAAAUGUCACAAUCAAUCUUGUGAACACAACUGUAUUUGCUUACCUAGAAUAAAUUCCUAGAGGUAGAAUCUCUGAUUCAAAGGACAUAGCAAUCUAUAAACUCACCAAUAGUUUCUCCAGUUUUUUUGCCACCGCUGUGUAUUAUUCUAUUUUAAACUGAAGUAUAGUCGAUUUACAAUGUUGUGUUAUUUUCUGGUGUACUAUUAUUCUUACAGCAUCAUAAUACCUCACACUCAUCAAGCACUGUUCUAAGCAUGUGAUGUAUAUUAACUCAUUAGCUUCUUCCCAAACCCCACGAGAGAGAUACCGUUAUCCCCAUUUUACAAAUGGGAAAAAUAAGGUAAGUGGCUGGGCUGGGCUGGAUCUAGCAUUAGAGCCUGUGCCUGUGGCAGAGUGACUAGCAGGCCCUCAAGGGCUAGGUGUGGCUAACUGAACUUAAAGCUUGGCUCCACCGCUUACCUACUGUGAGACUUUACUACAGUUAUCUGAUGCUAUAACUCUGUUGUUUGCUUCUCUUUGCUAUCCUUGGUGUGCUGACUGAACCCUCAAGAGCGGCUCCAUUUUGUCCACUAGGUUGGAGUUCCAGGAAUCACAUCCAGUCAUAAGAUACCCAGUCCUUUCCUUCAAAAGAAAGGAAUCAUCUCUUUAUGUACUUCCUUACUGGCAAGGGUUCUCCAUGAACAAAUGGAGGGGACUCAACCACACAGAGAUUCCAACAUUAAACUUUUGGUAAAAGCCUACCAAUCAGUAAGCCAAA